AUGUAUUUUCCGACCAAAAGCAAAUUGGACGUCGGUCAGCUACCGCCUCAUGAUGUGGUGACAGACCUCCAUCGUGACCUGGUCCGAAAAUACAUGAGACAUGGCACUGCGAUCCGGGAAAUUUGGAAAGACUUUGACGCAAGCCAGCGCGCCCAAUGUGUCAAGGACGGGGUGUUGGAUGGUGUCUUGCUCAAACACUCGAGGGAUACUACCUUUGGUGACGUCUACAAGUAUGUUCCCGACUGGAAUUUGCGCGACUUGACUGAAGGACCCGAACAUCUUCUGAACAUGCUCGAGCAUCGCGCCAAGAAGACACUCAUGGAGCAGUAUUGUGACGGGCCUAACGGUGGCGCUGGCGAUCACGGCAUCAUUGUUGAGAGUAUGCGAACUCAGAAUCUCCGCCAUGGUGAGCGUUACGAAGACUGUCUCACCAUAUUCGCCGACGGUUAUAUGUACGGAAAACCGUGCCAUCUAACCGAGGAAGACUUGGAAGGCGUGAAACUGCUGUCUGUUCUUCCUAUUCUUCAAUCGGUCACCAGGGCGGGACUCUUCAUACCCCAAGCUAAUGGCGAGCUAGUCUUGCAUCGUCAAAUGAGCAUAUUGCAGUCGCUCGAUAUUCUCAUGGACGAAAUCUUGGAGCAGGGCUCAAAGACACGAAUCACAACUCAGCCCCGGAAGAAGUCCGCUGAGACGGCCACUGCAGCGUUCUCAAAAUUGAGCGUCAAGGGAUCUUCCGCCAAGCUUUCUCUAGAUGACCUCGUCAACGCUGCUCGCGAUCAGGUACUUCCGGAUGAGAAAGGACGCCGGCUGCCAGUGGUUUCCGAUAAGUUCAUGAGUGCUAGUGUCUUCGACGCCGUCCAUAACGCUGUCAAGGAAGCCGCCCUGUGGAGUUACAUACAUCAGCUUCUCGAACGUUUCCAAACCUUGAACAAGGACAAGGCCCACAAGACGAUUAUGCUACAAGAGAUAGCCAACGCCGUCCAACUCGCAUAUGCCUCCGCCCAAGCCCUCUUCAAGCGGCAGAUCCAAGCGCACUCGGGCACCCAGUGGUACAAGCGAAUGUCCAAUGCGUAUGACGGCGCCGGUAACGCGCGUGUGACGCUGAAAAGCAACCCAGGCGAAUUGACAAGGAGUGAUCCUCAGCUUCACUACAUUCUCCGUCUUUGUCACCCUGAUACCACUGCAUCCAACGCUGUCGAUUGGCUGAAGAACGAGUUCGAGUUGCUUUGUGACCUGGCCACCACCGUCGCCUUCAUUCAAGAUGUAAUCAGCACAACCUCAGCGCCAGCUCCAUCUCGUAAAAAGGGGCAAUUGUUUGUCUCUAGAUCUCAAGAGCUGGAAAUCGAGUUGAACAAGCUCAAGACCGGCCUUGACUUGAGAGACUUUGCUGUCCCCAUCGACAAGCUUCUGGAGCCUUGUAUGACCGUCGAAGCUCUCAAGACCCUCGACCAAUUUGUCGUUGACAAUGCGGGAGCCAAGCUCGGUGUGCUUUACGAAGAUCUCGUUGACGAAUGGUUCUCCGACCUUGAGAACCAAUAUGGACAGUUCAAAGCCAAGAUUGUCCAAGGCCAGAAGGAGUGGACGCCCCUACCGGUGCCAGCCCCCGAGCCGCGAGAGACCUUGGUGGAGCAGCGCAAGCAGAAGGAAAAGACACGUCCGGCUCACGUCUCUGCGUAUGAGGUCGGUCCUCAGGCUGAGGCCUCGACUUUAGAGCCGGUUGUUGAGAAACAGACUUUCAAGGUCUCGCCAGCGACUGCCGAGGUUUUCAAUGCCUUCUUCAAUAAGUCUGAGUCCCGAGGUGCGGUGAACUGGACGGCUUUCGAAGGCGCCAUGGCAGAACUCGGGUUUUCGGUUCUGCCCAAGUAUGGUUCGGUCUUCACUUUCAUGCCGCCCGAUACUAUGGCGGUCCAGAGGCCGUUCACCAUCCACCGACCUCACAAAUCUCAGAUCGAAGGGUACAGGACGCUGAUUUACUCUCGGCGGCUCACACGAGCGUAUGGGUGGGACGAGAAAAACAUUUUCGGUUGCAACGAUUACUUGCUUGUCCGAAAUCCCGACAAUGGGGAGCUGAGUUGAUCCGGGUACCAGGAGGAUCGAUAAGUGCGACGAGAUGUAGACCAAGAAAGUCAAUUGAUGCAUAUCUUUGCGGUCUCAGUGCUUCAACUUGCCAGGGUUGGCCGGACAUCGUUAUUUUGUGGCCAUUGCAAGGACGUUGUUUUCGAAUUUUGGUCUCAUGUCAGUGAGCAGUUAGUGAGCGGUUGAAUCCGGCUGAGAAUCCACUGAGAUGGCAGCCAGGUCAUUGUGGUACCACCAGGGGACAUUCGCGCCCGUCGCCAGACCCAGCUAGCAAAUGUAGCAGAACGAGUGAACAUACGAAUGCGUAGGCAUCCGCCAUUUGGUACUGUUCCAUACGAUGCAAUCAGUGU